AUGUCAGUGCUAGCAAAUGCAUGUAAAGCAAUCAACAACGCAUCUAAGGCAAAGAAGCAACAAGUGGUGUUGAUGCACACAAGCCAGGAGACCAAGGACUUCCUGAUAGAGAUGAAGAAGCACGGAUACAUCAACGGACUCACAUUCGUGCAGAGCGUGAACAAGGAGAAGGCUGUGGUCACACUCAACGGGAGACUGACCAAAUGUGGUGCAAUUUGCCCACGAUUCAAGUACAAGUGCAAUGAGAUACAGGAUGUCGCAAACAGGCUGAAGCCAGCCAGGCAGUUUGGACACGUCAUCUUCAAGACGUGCAAGGGCGUGAUUGACCACAACGAGUGCAACGAGAUGAAGGCUGGUGGCGCAAUCUUGGGAUUCUUCUACUAG